AUUUGACGCAGUGUGGAAGUCCUGAAGAGUACGACGUCCGAGUUUCAAGGUUGAUUUAUCUGAGCGCAUGUGCGGGCAUGUCAGGCAGCAGGUUGAUGAGAGCCAUUAGAGUGAGUGAGUUCGGAGCUCCGUCAGUCCUCAGACUGCGCUCUGAUGUGACUGUCCCUCAGCCCGGGCGCACACAGGUGUUGAUCCGUGUCCAUGCCUGUGGAGUGAACCCUGUGGAAACUUACAUCCGAGCUGGGACGUAUGCAAGGAAACCCACCCUGCCUUACACACCUGGCUCUGAUGUAGCAGGAGUGGUGGAAUCAGUUGGAGAAGGAGUGACUGCAGUGAAGGCAGGGGAUCGUGUGUUCACCACAGCUACAGAGACUGGAGGCUAUGCAGAGUACACUGUAGCAGCUGGCGACUCUGUUUACAAGCUGCCUGAUGCUUUAGACUUCACACAGGGAGCAGCCAUCGGGAUCCCGUACUUCACCGCCUACAGAGCUCUGAUCCACAAAGCGCACGCCAAGGCUGGAGAGACCGUUCUUAUCCAUGGAGCCAGUGGAGGGGUGGGCAUUGCAGCCUGUCAGUUGUCCCGUGCUCUGGGUCUUCAGGUUUUUGGGACAGCAGGGACACCAGAGGGGAUGAAGUUGGUCCUUAACAAUGGAGCUCACCUGGCCUUUAAUCACAGACAAGAAGAAUACACAGACAAAAUCACGGAAGCCACAAAGGGCCGAGGUGUAGAUGUGAUAGUGGAGAUGCUGUCAAAUGUCAACCUCAGUAAGGACCUCCAGAUGCUGGCCUAUGGAGGGCGAGUGAUGGUUGUUGGCUCCAGAGGAUCUAUAGAGAUCAAUCCCAGAGACACCAUGAUUAAAGAGAGCAGCAUAGUGGGAGUGGCCCUUUUCUUUGCAACACCGGUACAAAAUAACAGCAUCACAAAAUUUGAGGAGUUGAAGGAGUGUGGAGCUCUACUGUAUGCAGGGAUGGAAGCUGGUUGGUUGCGUCCGGUCGUCGGUUCCCAGUAUCCGCUUGAAAAAGCUGCCCAGGCCCACCAUGAUAUCAUUGAGUCUCCCGGGGCUGCUGGGAAGAUGGUCCUGACUAUGUGACGACCAUGUAAUGAGUCACAGGUCACCUUUACAGUUUUUACAGUUCAGACUGUUUUUAAAUGGGUGAUACUUUAAUAAAAAUUUUCAGGAACAGUUAAUGUUGUUGUUUGUUGCUUCUAUGGCAAAAAUCAGUUUGCUAGAUCACAGAAAAUAAUGCAGAAAAUCCUUAGGCUGGAUUUGUUUUUACUGUACCAUCAUGGUGCAAUUUACCAAUUGGAUGAAACCUUACUGUAGUGAAGUUAUUUCUUUAGUUCGUGUUAAUAUACUUUUGUAUUUCUAAAGCUGAAUUUAAUAGUUUUUUUUUUCCAGAAUGAUCAGAGUGUUUUUGCAGAUCUCUUCAUAAGGUCUGUUGUCACUGAUUUUAGGUUUAGUUCUUGUGUAAUUUGGCAUAUCUCACUCUUUUCUUCUUGUUACCCUUCCUUAUGAAGGGCAUCUUGACAGCCAGCCUUCGCCUGAGAGCAUUUGUGAUGAGGCUUCAUUAAACAGUAGAUGAAUAAACUGAAGGACUCCAUGCAUA